GGGAGGAGGGAGGAGGGGAGCGGGGAGAACCCGGCCACUUGGGCCGUUGCAGGCAGCGGAGAGCAGGGGUGUGGACCAGCUGGCGGCCGGUCGGUCGGAGAUGGCGUUAAAUGCCAACUGCAGGGUAGCAGCCGUGCCAAGCCGGGAGAGCGGCGCGGCGGCGCUGCCCGAAGUGGUGGAGUUAAACGUGGGAGGUCAGGUCUACUUCACCAGGCUGUCCACCCUGACCAGCCUGCCCAACUCGGUCCUGGGCAGGAUGUUCGGGCACAAGAGGAACUCCGGCAGCCCCGACCUGGCCCGGGACAACCGCGGGCGCUUCUUCAUCGACAGGGACGGCUUCUUGUUCCGCUACAUCCUGGAUUACCUGCGCGACCGCUCCGUGGUGCUGCCCGACCUGUUCCCGGAGAAGAUGCGCUUGCGGCGGGAGGCAGAGUUCUUCCAACUGCCCGACCUGGUGAGGAUGCUGAGCCCGGAGGAGAGGCAGAGUCCCGGCCUGGAGGAACCGUCUCACAGCGACCAGGAGGAGCUGUCUCAGGGCAGCGACCUCCCCCGGCCCGUGAGCCAGACGGCCGAGCGCCGAGCCGGCUUCAUCACCCUGGGCUACCGGGGCUCCUGCGUGCUGGGACGGGACAACAUGCAGGGCGACGCCCGCCUCUUCCGACGGGUCCCCCGCAUCCUCGCCUGCGGCCGCAUCGGCCUCCUCAAGGAAGUGUUCGGGGAGAACGUGAACGAGAGCAGGGACCCCGACCGAACCCCGGACAGGUACACGUCCCGCUUCUAUCUCCGCUACCGGCAACUGGAGAGAGCCUUCGACACGCUGGCCGAGGCUGGCUUCACUCUGCUGGGCAGCAAUUCCUCCCUCACCGGCUCGGCGUGCGGCCAAGCGGUCGACGACAGGGCGUGGAGCAGCUACACGGAAUACCUCUUCUACCGUAGCUCUUCGCGGUGGCCUUCACCGCAUUGCGAGUGCGGCUGCCUGAACGACAAGGGCGAGAGGGAUGGCGACAGCGUGACCUCCUGCAACGAACUGUCCACCUCGAGCUGCGACAGCCAGUCGGAGGCCAGCUCCCCCCAGGAGACGGUCAUCUGCGGACCGGUGAGCCGGCAGUCCAACAUCCAGACCCUGGACCGGCCGGCUAAGAAAGGGCCGGUGCAGCAGGUCCAGCAGAGCGAGUUCCGCAGGAAAAGCGACCUCCUGAGGACACUCACCGGUGGAUCCAGGGAGUCCAACUCCGGCAAGAAGAAAGUCAAAGAGAAACUGACGAUUGAGGAAGAACUCGAGAAAUGCAUCCAAGAUUUUCAAAAAAUUAAAAUACCCGACAGGUUCCCGGAGAGAAAGUAUCCAUGGCAACAUGACCUGCUGAGGAAGUACCAACUAUAGGAUGUGGGCCAAAGUCCUUGCACAGAGACCCUAGGGCUCGGACUGCCUUCCCUUCUAUGCUUGUGGGCUCUCCAAUGUUCCCUGUUCCUAGGCUGCAGAUACUUCCCCUCACCAUAGUGCACCUGGACCCUCAUCGCUCUGUGUCCCCCCCCCCCCCAUCUCUGAGUUUGAGAUCGCUUCCACCUCUCAUCGCCAACUGGUUUUCUAAAGUGUUAAUCCCUUGCGCCAAGUCCUGAACUAACGUAGGGCAAGGUCCAAGUGGGAGCCAUUGCUUGAGUUUCCAGAUCAUUUGUUUGCUGCCGGUCAAAAUCCAUUGGAAAUCUCAAUCACCGAGGCAGGAUCAGCGAGCGACCUGAUGAAAUGGAACUUGUGCUGGUGUCGAACCUUCAGACACCCUGCUGGAAAGAGGAACAAAAUAUAUGUUCUUGAAAAAUAAACAGGGGACCAAUUCUGCCACUGGUCACGUUUUUCUCCUGGUUCCGAUUCCUUCCUAAGCCUUGCUUCCGAUACCUGCAUGUAUUAAGUGUGCAGAUUGUAAAUCAGACAUCAGUUGCCGUGCUGUUCAUUGUAGAGAUGUUGGUAUUUUAUCGCAGAGAAUUAAUACAAAGUUAGCCGCUCACACUCGGAAAUGCUCUCAGAAAAAAAAAAAGACUGAAUUUCACUCAACAAUUCCAUUCUGAAAUAUCUUACGGCUGCUUCACAAGCAAACGUCACCAGCUUGCUUUAAUUAACAAAGAUAUACAGUAUGCAUCUUACAACAAAAAAAGCACAUUGAAAGGUUGCGUCAGUUAUGAGGUUCGAAGCAGAGAUUCCGUAAACUGACUGUACAAGUGCCCCCGGACUCUAGAGUUAUGGAAAGAUUUUUACUCCAGACUCCAAUCUGCUGAAGUUGGCAAUUCGUUCUCCUUCGAGAAGUAUACAGGAUAGGUUUGGUGCAAAACAGACUUAGCCAAACUAGCGUGUGACUGUGAGAUUCAGUAUUCACUGUGUGAUGUUUUAAUUGGAUUACGACUGUUGACGGGCUGUUGAUGAAUAGUAUUCUUCCCCUUGGAGUUUCGUGCAACUCUCUCCUGCAACGUGUGACUUUUUAUUUCCAGUACGUUUGUGAUACCUGUUUAAGCACAAGUUUGUCUCUUCCUUGGAAUACUGCUACAAAGGAGGUCUCUGAAGAUCAGUUUACCAAUUUCAGGUGAAGUCGAAGAAACACAACCCCUUUGAGGGCUAUAGUGGUAUCCUUCCCACUGUGUCUGAACUUAUUAGAAUAUUUAUACUUCAAUUUGUUUGAAUGUUUGGUACUGAGAGAUGUGAUUUAUGUGUUAUGCUUUGGUCUCUUUGUGGUCUGUGCCCUCGUUCUUAUAUUAGUGCAGAAUCUAGAAAUUAAUUAACCAAUUCUUAGAGAGUUAAUUAAACAGAACAACACAUACCUUCUAUCCCCCCCCCCCUCCCCCCCUCCCUGUCACCCUCUCUCUUUCAGUUGGACAUAAAGAUAAGGGAUCUUAAUUCUUACAAAGGGCCAACUAAAUAAUGGAAGGGUUAUAGGGACAUCAGUGAAGUGGGAAGUUUUAUGGUCACUUUUUUAACUCACCGUCUUUUAAACGUGCAAUAAGAUAGUAAUUUCAUAUUGGCUGAAAAUACCAGUCAUUUUUUGCGUGGUGUCAUUGUGACAAAGACAAUUUUGUGGGACUUCUAGGUUAUGUUCUCUCUACUGUCCUCAGCCCACCUCAUUCUGUUUUUGGUUCCUUUUGCUUUCCAGUUGGAAAUGUGGGUCUUCCUCACUUGUAAUGAUAUCAUUUGUGUGGAGAGAAUGAUGUCCAGAAGGUGUCGUCUUUCAUACAGGAAAGCCCAACCUGGGUCGAGACACAGGUUGAGCACAAGUCUUGUCAGUGGCAAUAUAUUGAUGGCAAAGCAUUGCCAAUUGGGCAUUUCCAACCCCUUUUCUUUGUGAAUCAGCUAGGUCAUCCCCACAUCAUUUAAAGCAACGACUUGAUGAAAUAUGAAAUGUAUCAGCUGAAUCCAAAGGCCACCAAGACACCAUUUUUGACUGUUGGGCUUAUUGGAUUCUGUAGUAUGUUGGCUUUUGUGAAUUAAGGUGAUAUAUUGCACAGUGUUCUUGAAUACCUCCAUCUAACUGGUCAAUAUUUCUGUGGUACUGCACUGUCUUGGUUUACAAAUUACGGACACUAAAGAAAUGUGUGACUGACAGCUUGUAAUGUUUGAAAAUGUGUACAAUUUAAAUAUACAGUAUAUUGAAAUGCACAAUAUUUAUAAAUAAAGAUAUAUAUACA